UCACUUUUUAUGCUCCCCUGCCAUUUAAAUACCCCAACACUCUCCAUCACCUUUUCCCUACUUUGACAACAAAACCACAACCACCAUCACCACCACCACCAACCACCAGCAUCAUAAUGCACCGUUCCUCCACCGGCACCGCGGCCGCAAACUCCGUAAACGGCUUCUACACCUUCUUAACUCAAGGUCUAGAUGAUCUGUUUCGAUCAUUUCACUCACACAACUUCAUGUCCAUUCAUUUCCUCCAACAUGUCCUCUCAUGCCUCCAAUCUUUCCAUUCUCAGCUCAUUUCUGUCGUCCAGAAACUCCACUUGCCGGUGGGCGAAAAAUGGUUGGAUGAAUACAUGGAUGAAAGUGCCCGCCUUUGGGAAGUUUGUCAUGUCAUAAAAUCCGGCAUUUGUAACAUGGAAACUUACUACUCUGCCGCGGUUACCAUCGCCUCCGCCCUCGAAAACCACCACUUUUUAAACCCGCAAAUUUCGCGUCAGGUUCUUAGAGGGAUCAAUGGGUGUCUGCGGGAGCGAGUGGGAUUGGAGGAAGAAAACAGGACAUUAAUCCGAAUGCGAAUUCAGCCACUGAUGAUGAAAUUCGAAAAAAACGUGUUAAUCGAAUCGAAAUUCAAUGGUUUUAACGGGUUCAGAGGAGUUCUUUUCGCAUUACAAAACACAAACUCAUUGCUCUUGAUGAUCUUGUUAAGUGGUCUGGUAUACUGCUCACCGGUGACAAGGUUUUCUUCAUCUUGUCAUGGCAAUAACACCAUGAAUUUCACCGAAAGCAAGUCGGUUUUCGGGUCGGGUUUCAUGGUUUCCGCGUCGAGAUUACAUGAGAAAGUGAUGGAGAAUGAAGAUGGACAGAAUGGGGUUUUGCUUUAUGAGUUUUGGAGUGCAAGAACAGCCAUUGAAGAACUGAAAACAGAGGCUGAAAGAAUUAGAGGGACUGGAAUGGAAUUUGAUGUAAGUGAGAGGGUUGAAAAGGUAAAAAGUUGUUUUGUGGGGUUACAAUGUGGUGUUGAAAAUAUGAUUGUGCAACUUGAUGACUUUUUUGAUGAGAUUGUUGAAGCUAGGAAGAAGCUUUCGGAUUUGUGCACUCAUAGCUAGGGGUUCAAGACCUCAACAAAAGAUUGAGGGUCCAAGUAUUACUUACCGGUUCAAUCUACAUGGGUUCAGGUUUAGUCGUGAUGUUUUAAAUAGCUAGAGUCAGUUAGUCAGUAGGGUCGAGUUUCUUUCCUUAAUAGAUAGGAUUUAUGGUUUCGAGUCUCAUUCUUUUACCAGUUUUGCUUUAACCGGCAAAAUUUCGAGUUCACUCAUUUUGUUGGCAAACGAAAGGGAUUAGAUUUGUGCAUAAAGGAAAAGAAAUCAAAGUAGACUAUGAUUAGGUUCUAUUAUAUAUUAUUUUAUUAUAAUUCUUUUUAUUUUUUAA